UCACCUUUUAGACUUUGAGACUGGAGCGAUUAUGUGGUGAGGGACAGAGUGUGAGAGAGGAAGAUAUAGAGUGACAGAUGGUAUCUGUGGAGAUCUGUUGAUGCUGGUGUGGUUGGUUGGCCAGGAGAUGCGUGAAGGUUAUUUGGUAUGUUCCUGUACUCAGCCCUUGAACACCACCGCGAUGAAGAAGAGGACAACUUCCAGUCCCAGAAAUCCUGGAUAGAAAGCACUUUCACCAAGAGGGAAUGUGUCCACAUACUUCCAGUGUCGAAAGACCCCCACAGAUGCCUUCCAGGAUGUCAGAUCUGCCAGCAGUUGGUGAGAUGCUGCUGUGGUCGGCUGGUACGGCAGCAUGCUGGGUUUACAGCCAGCCUGGCCAUGAAGUACUCAGACGUGAACUUGGGUGGGGGGGCAGAGGGUGGGGUGCAGCCGGAGUUGGAGGAGUGGGCUGUGGACAAACACACACAGGAGAGCCCUACAGACGCUUACGGCAUCGUUAACUUCCAGGGAGGGUCGCACUCUUACAGAGCCAAGUAUGUGCGUCUGUCCCAUGACAGCAGGCCAGAGAGCAUCCUGAGGCUGAUGCUGAAUGAGUGGCAGAUGGAGCUUCCUAAGAUCCUCAUCUCUGUCCACGGAGGCAUCCAGAACUUUGACCUGCACCCCCGAAUCAAACAGGUGGUGGGGAAGGGCCUGAUCAAAGCUGCUGUCACCACCGGGGCAUGGAUCCUGACAGGAGGGGUUAACACAGGUGUUGCCAAACAUGUGGGUGAUGCGUUGAAGGAACACUGUUCUAGAUCUUCAAGGAAGAUCUGUACAAUUGGAGUCGCUCCCUGGGGCGUCAUUGAGAACCGCAAUGACCUCAUCGGGAGAGACGUUGUAGCCCCCUACCAGACGUUGCUGAACCCCCUGUCCAAGCUCAACGUGUUGAACAACCUCCACUCCCACUUCCUGCUGGUGGAUGAUGGGACGGUGGGGAAGUACGGAGCUGAGGUCCAACUACGCCGCGAGCUGGAAAAACACAUCAAACUGCAGAGGAUACACGCACGAAUUGGUCAGGGUGUUCCUGUGGUAGCGUUGAUAUUUGAGGGGGGUCCCAACGUAAUUCUGACGGUGUUGGAGUACCUUCAGGAGACUCCCCCUGUUCCUGUGGUGGUCUGUGAGGGGACUGGGCGUGCUGCUGACAUACUGGCCUAUGUCCACAAACAGACUGAGGAGGGGGGGGGUCUACCUGACGGUGUGGAGACAGAAAUCAUCGCUACGAUCAAAAAGACGUUCAACUUCAGCCACAGCGAUGCUAUGCACCUCUUCCAGACCCUUGUGGAAUGUAUGAAGAGCAAAGAACUGAUCACUGUGUUUCAUAUCGGCUCUGAGGACCACCAGGAUAUCGAUGUGGCAAUACUGAGGGCAUUACUGAAAGGCACCAAUGAGUCUGCGUUUGACCAGCUGGUUCUGACUCUGGCCUGGGACCGGGUGGACAUCGCCAAGAACCAUGUGUUUGUCUACGGACAGCAGCUACUGGUGGGUUCGUUGGAGCAGGCCAUGCUGGAUGCCUUAGUGAUGGACCGUGUGGAGUUUGUGAAGCUCCUGAUUGAGAAUGGAGUUAGCAUGCACAGGUUCCUUACCAUCACACGACUGGAGGAGCUAUACAAUACGAAACAGUCCCCUACCAAUCCCACGCUCUUCAACCUCGUAAGGGAUGUCAAACAGGGUAAUCUCCCCCCUAACUACAAGAUGACCUUAAUUGACAUUGGCCUGGUGAUAGAGUACCUGAUGGGCGGGACUUACAGGUGCAACUACACCAGGAAACGCUUCAGGAUCAUCUACAACAAUCUCCAUGGCAACAGCAGGAGGUCAGGUCGCCACUCUGCAGGGCCUGGGUCCCACCUGAGGAAGAGCCAAGAGUCGUUCAGUAUCCAGGCCGACAAGAAGGAGAAGACCAGGCACAACCACUUCAUCAAGACUGCACAGCCAUACAAACCCAAGUUGGAGUCGGCGACAGACCAGUCCAAGAAAAAAGCCAAGGAGGAGAUAGUUGACAUCGAUGACCCGGAGACACGCAGGUUCCCGUACCCGUUCAAUGAGCUGCUGAUGUGGGCCGUCCUGAUGAAUAGGCAGAAGAUGUCUCUGUUCUUCUGGCAGCAUGGGGAGGAAAGCAUGGCCAAGGCCCUGGUGGCCUGUAAACUCUGUCGCUCCAUGGGCUAUGAGGCCAAGAAGAGUGACGUGGUCGACGACACCUCCCAGGAACUCAAGGACUACUCCAAUGAAUUUGGCACCCUAGCAGUGGACCUCCUGGAGCAGUCAUUCAGACAGGAUGAAACCAUGGCGAUGAAACUGCUGACCUACGAACUGAAGAACUGGAGUAACAGCACCUGUCUGAAGCUGGCCGUGUCGUCGCGGUUACGACCCUUCGUGGCUCACACCUGUACCCAGCUGCUGCUGUCAGACAUGUGGAUGGGACGACUCAACAUGAGGAAGAACUCCUGGUACAAGGUGAUCCUCAGUAUCCUGGUGCCUCCUGCAAUCCUCCUGUUGGAGUACAAGACAAAGGCAGAGAUGUCCCACAUCCCUCAGAGUCAGGACGCCCAUCAGAUGACCAUGGAGGACAGCGAACACAACUUCCAUAACACCACCGACAACAUACAGAUGGAUGUGUUCCAGGAGGCGAAGGUGGAUGACAACGUGGAGGUGAAGGAUGAGGCGGAGACACAGGUCCGCUCCCGAAGACUUCCUCUAACCAGGAAGUUCUACGCCUUCUACCACGCCCCCAUCGUCAAAUUCUGGUUCAACACGCUGGCGUACCUGGGUUUUCUGAUGCUUUACUCGUUUGUCGUUCUGGUCCGGAUGCCCGAGUUUCCGUCUCCUCAAGAGUGGGUGGUCAUCCUCUACAUAUUUACCUCCGCCAUCGAGAAGAUACGAGAGAUGUUUAUGUCUGAAGCUGGGAAGAUUAGCCAGAAGGUUAAAGUCUGGUUCAGUGACUAUUUUAACCUCUCAGACUUCCUGGCUAUUGUCACCUUCUUUGUGGGCUUUGGAUUGAGGAUCGGAGGAGAGGAUGUGCUUGUCCCAGGCCGGACUGUGUAUUGCUUGAAUAUCAUCUUCUGGUAUGUGAGACUCCUAGAUAUUCUGGCAGUCAACCAGCAAGCAGGACCAUAUGUGAUGAUGAUCGGUAAAAUGGUGGCCAAUAUGUUUUAUAUUGUGGUGAUCAUGGCGGUGGUGUUGUUGAGUUAUGGCGUGCCGCGGAAAGCCAUCCUGUACCCAAAUGAGGAGCCCAGUUGGACGCUGCUCAAAGAUGUGGUCUUCCAGCCGUACUGGAUGAUGUACGGGGAAGUGUAUGCGUAUGAAAUUGACGUGUGUGCCAAUAAUACUGAUACGAAUGUGAAAUCCCUGUGCUCCACUUCAGUGUGGAUCACUCCUUUCCUACAAGCAGUCUACCUCUUUGUCCAAUACAUAUUGAUAGUUAACCUUCUCAUCGCCUUCUUCAAUAAUGUGUACCUCCAAGUGAUGUCAAUCAGUAAUCUGGUAUGGAAGUACCAGAGGUAUCAUUUCGUCAUGGCCUACCAUGAGAAGCCAGUCCUCCCUCCUCCCCUCAUCCUCCUCUCCCACCUAGUCUCUUUCUUCUCCUGCAUCUGUCACAAGAGGAAGAAGGACAGUCACUCUUACGGACCAAAGUUGUUUCUAACGGAGGAGGAUCAGAAGAAGCUCCAUGACUUUGAGGAGCAGUGUGUGGAGACGUACUUCCAUGAGAAAAACGACCAGUUCCACUCAGGGAGCGAUGAGCGCAUCCGCCUCACAUCAGACAGGGUUGAGACCAUGUGUAUCCAGCUGAAGGAGGUCGGUAAUAGAGUGAACUUCAUCAAGCGUUCCCUCCACACGCUGGACUCUCAGAUCGGCCACCUUCAGGACCUGUCAGCUCUGACCGUGGACACCCUGAAGACCCUGACCGCCCAGAGGGCCUCUGAAGCCAGCAAGGUCCAUAACCAGAUCACCAGGGAGCUCAGUCUGUCCAAAAACUUUGCCCCCAGCCUGGCUCCCACCCCCCAGGACCCUACCCCCCAAUCCAAGGGGGUCAAACGUAGCGUGGGCGCCUACUUUGGUUCCUCCUUCCCCCAGGUGUCCGGGGUGGUGGUGGGGGGCAACAUGGCUGAUUCUCUGUUUGGGAGUGGGGUGGACCCAAACCCGCCACUGACGCUCAGUCCCCCAGAGCGGAGAGGAGACUGGGCUGGGCUGGGGCACCAAGCUACUGCUGCUAUAGAGGCUGGAUCCUCCACGGGUGGCAGUGCUAGUCACAGUGCCUUCUCCCUCUGCCCAGCUCCGGCGCCCCCUACUGUCAGUCCUCCAGAGCUGCGGCUACGAGGCCACUCCUUCACCCAGUGGCAGCUGACCCGUCCAGAGCAGGUGGGCAUCUCCGACUGCCCCUCCAGCCUGCCCAGCGUGCCCUCUGCUAGGGCUGCUUUCUACGUCAGCUCUACCCCCUCCCAGCCCUCGGUCUCCAGCCACCCAGAACUCAGCCUGGUUGGGCCAGACAAAGACAGAACCUCUGCUUCCACCUCAGCCUUUGCUGUAGAGUUUGGUGCGUUUGUUGGUCAUAAAGACAACCUGCACCUGGACCUGCAGCGCUCCUUCCCCAGAGACCUCUCCUCCAGACAGCUCAGCCCAGCCACGCAGCCCAGGGAACAGGGUCAUCCUGAAGGCCAAGGUAAUAUGAGGACGGUCAACUCAUAUGCUGGCUUCACUGAGUUUGACCGGAGUCCCUCCUUCCUCCAUCCAGACUCCUCUCUCAGUAAGCGAGAGAGGAGCGGCGUGUCAGCGGAAGACAUCCUCAUCCACGAAGACCCCAGAGCUGCACUACUACUGGAGAGGGCUCAGGUCAAGACAGCUCAGGCCAGCAGCCUCAGGGCACCAGGGGAGGACUCAGGUAUAAAUGCUGCAUCAUGUCUCUACAGACACGCCCAUCUGGGGAGCAGGAAGGAUUCAAUUGGUUCCCCUUUCAAGCCAAUGGAAAGCUACCAAUACUCGGCUGUGGAGCGUAACAACCUGAUGAGGCUGUCUCAGAGCAUCCCCUUCACCCCAGUGCCCCCUAGAGGUGAGCCAGUAACAGUGUAUCGUCUUGAGGAGAGUUCUCCCAACACCAUCAACAACAGCAUGUCCUCCUGGGCUCACAAAGGUCUCUGUGCCAAGAUAGAGUUCCUCAGUAAGGAGGAGAUGGGAGGGGGGCUGCGACGUGCACUCAAGGUGCUGUGUACGUGGUCGGAGUAUGACAUUCUGAAGCCAGGUCACCUGUAUAUCGUUAAGUCCUUCCUACCAGAGGUGGUCCAGACCUGGCAGAGCAUCUACAAGGAGGACACUGUACUGCUGCUCUGUCUCAGGGAAAUUCAACAGCAGAGAGCUGCUCAGAAACUGACAUUUGCCUUCAACCAAAUGAGGCCCAAGAAUCCUUACUCUCCCAGGUUUCUGGAGGUGUUUCUGUUGUACUGUCACUCAGCAGGCCAAUGGUUUGCUAUAGAGGAGUGUAUUACUGGAGAGUUCAGGAAGUUUAACAAUAACAACGGGGACGAGAUUGUCCCAACCAACCUUCUGGAGGAGACCAUGUUGGCCUUCAGCCACUGGACAUACGAGUACACCCGGGGAGAGCUGUUAGUGCUGGACCUACAAGGAGUGGGGGAGAUUCUGACUGAUCCGUCUGUCAUAAAGAGUGGAGAGAAGGGGUCAUAUGACAUGAUAUUUGGUCCUGCCAACCUGGGAGACGACGCCAUCAGAAACUUCCGGGCCAAACACCACUGCAACUCUUGCUGCAGGAAACUCAAACUUCCCGAUCUGAAGCGGAACGAGUACACGCCGGACAAACUGAUGCUGCCUCAGGACGAAUCACACGACCCCGGAAGCGGGACCCGCCAUUCGAUGAGGCUCAUGCUCUGAUCCUAAAGGACACAGCCAGAGAGAAGAGGCCGGUGCUGUUAUUCUAUUGGCCAAUGCCAGAGAGGACAAAGGAAAAACUAGUGUGCACACCUCAUGGCUAGAAGGGAUCCAGCUUUUGUCAAAUUAGCAUCAGAUUUGACUUAAUGCAGCAGGUUAGGAGAAUUGUUAAUGUUAGGAAAAGAUUUAGGGUUAGCAACAAAAAAAAUAUAUACUUUUUACAUUAAUUUGACAAAAGCUGGAUAAGGUUGGUCUAGCCAUGACCCAUCUCAUCAACUGGAAGAGCCACGCCUGUGUUUCCAUGGAGACCCAUGUAUGCAUGCAGAACUGUGUUACUUUUGUAUCUGUCCAACCAAUGCCAAUCAGCAACCAACAUGAUUAUUCAAAAAAUGUGUAAAUGGGGAACAAAACUUUUUAAAUAUGUUUUUUACUACAAGUUUAUAUGUUAUGAGUGUGUAUGUGUAUAUAUCUAUAUAAAUGGCUAUCAACAGGUACAAUAUCAUUGCAUAAAGAGACAGUACUUAUUCUGAACUAUGAAAAGUUGCCUUGUAUAAACUAAAGUGCAUUGUCUAGCUGUAGUGCAGGACUGUAAGGGUCAACCUGCUGAGAUACAAUUUGCAACACUUUAUACAGAAUGUCACCAGAUACUUUUUUAUAAAUGUAAAAUACAUGUAUUAUUAUGGAAUUAGUGGUUCAUAUUUAAUGAGAAGACACAUGAAUUUGAAAAUCUUGUAAAAUAUGGGCAGAUUGCAAUGCAACUUUUACAGUACAUAUAUGUACUAAUUGUGUUGAACUCUUCUGAAAUGUGUCCACUGAUUAUUUCUGAUAGUUUUUAAAUGUUACAAUGCUGGUACUAUUAUUGUUAUUUCUUUGUCAUCACGCAAAUACCAAUCUAGUGUAUCUUAUAGAUACUUAUAUCUGCUACUGAGCAGAUGCUGUUUUAUUCAGGGGCGUGUAAAGGGUCUAUAACUCUAUACAUGUUCUACUGUAUAACAUUUUAAACUAAUAAAAUGACAGUUAUGUCCCAUUCCUUGUA